AGCUGUCUAGGACAAGGGAUGUCAUAUUGUGUUUGGCAAGGUCGUCCCUUCCUAACUUCUCCUUUCUUUCCCUCUCCUAGACUGUGGGUGGGCGUGGAAGAUGCCCACAUGAACACCAUCCCCAUCUACCUGAAAGUCCAACCUUGCAUGACCUUGGCAACCCUCAAAGACAUGGUUUUCCUCCACUAUGGUUUCCCGCCCGGCAUUCAGCAAUGGGUGGUGGGUCAGAGGCUGCCUCGAGACCACGAGACCCUUCAGUACCAUGGCAUCCAGCGAGACGGCGACGUGGCUUACCUCUACCUCCGAUCUGCCAAGGCGGCCAAGCUUCGCAAAGACACCUUCCGGCAGGAGCACGAACGCAGGCAGCUGGAAGAGUUGGGCAUUGACGGGGGCGUCUUGCUGCCGCGGGGAAGCCAAGAAGUAGCCACGGCCCCGCCGGACAUCGUGGAUGCAGAAGGGCAAGCAGAAACCCCGGCCGCAUCACCCCUGGCCCCGAACCCGAAGGUUGGCUGGCAGUGCCCGGUCUGCACGUUCAUCAACAAGCCCACCUGGCCGGGCUGCGAGAUGUGCUGUGCCGAGCGGCCCAAGGACUACGCCACGCCGGAAGGGUACCAGCCGGACCAGGAGGAGCAGGUGCGGCUGCAGAAGGAGGAGGAAGCCAUGAAGCAAUACGAGCAGGCCAAAGAGCAACGGAAGCAUGCCAAUUACCAGCAGCUCUUGCAACUGGACGGGCAGAGCCUCGUGCUGUCGGAGGCGGUGGUGGAGUGCCCCAUCUGCUUUGUGACUCUGGAGCCCGGGGAGGGUGUCACCCUGCGCGAGUGCCUGCAUUCCUUCUGCAAGGACUGCUUGAAAGGGACCAUCCUCAACAGCCAAGAACCUGAAGUCCGUUGCCCCUACAUAGACCAGAAAUAUUCCUGCCCAGGGCAACUGCUGGAACGGGAGAUCAAAGCGCUUCUGAGCCCGGCAGAAUACCAGCGCUUCCUGGAUUUGGGCAUCUCGGUGGCUGAGAAUCGCAGCCUGUCGAGCUACCACUGCAAGACGACAGAUUGCCGGGGCUGGUGCUUCUUCGAAGACGACGUGAAUGAGUUUAAGUGUCCCGUGUGUGAGAAGAAAAACUGCCUCCUUUGUAAGGCUAUUCACGAGAACAUGAACUGCAAAGAGUACCAAGACGACCUCAAACUCCGCGCCGAGAACGACCAGUCUGCGCGGCAAACCACGGAGAUGUUGAUGAAAAUGGUGCAGAGCGGAGAUGCCAUGUACUGCCCUGUGUGCCAGAUCAUCAUCCAGAAGAAAGACGGCUGUGACUGGAUCCUGUGCACGGUGUGUCGUACGGAAAUAUGCUGGGUGACCAAAGGCCCGCGCUGGGGACCGGCGGGCUCCGGAGAUACUAGUGGCGGCUGCCGCUGCAGGCUGAACGGAGCUCCGUGUCAUCCUAAUUGCCACAACUGUCACUGACGGUGACCGGAAAGAGAACUCUGAGCUCUGAGCUCUGUUGCUUGGUGAGACAAAGACCAGUCCAGACCCUCCGGGCUCACCACCUACGGUUCCCACGAACAGAAAGACUGCAUUCCAGCAUUUCAACUCGGGAGGGUUAUGUAGCACGGAGACAGGAUGCGAUGCUUCCACGGAUGUUGCGUUCUGCUUGCAACUGUGCCUUGUAGCGAAGUUGAGGCUCCUGCCAGUGAAAUCUUGGAGCCCUGUUUAUCAAGGGCUAACCUGACUUCUUAUCCCCUUCCACCUGAGCAUUAGGCCUCACUAUCACUCGUGGGUGCCACGGCCAAAGCAGAGAUGCUUGGCCAGAAUUUGCAUUACCUUAUGCCAGUGAUGGCAAACCUUUUCGAGACCGAGUGCCCAAAUUGCAACCCAAAACACACUUAUUUAUUGCAAAGUGCCAACAUGGCAAUUUAACAUGAAUACUGAGGUUUUAGU